CGCAUGCGCAGUAGAAUCCAACAUGGCGGCACACAUCACCCGCCCACCAAAAGAAAUGGACGUUUAGCUUGGUGGGAAUAUAUUCUGUACUAAAGCUCUUGUUUCGAGUCAGUCACAGGUGCCAGUAAAGAACCACUUUCCCGAGGACUCAUUCCCUACACCAUGAGCCAAGAGUGGCUCUUAUGAUAACAAUAGGAGAAAUGUGUACACCAGAAGAAGAGUGGAACAACAAAGACGAGAUAUACAUAAAGCGCCGCGAUGAGUUCCACGUAAAACUCUUCAAGUUCCACAAGGACAACAAUAACUCUGUAAAGAGGGUUCCCCUACUAGGUGGUAGAGAAUUGGAUUUAUAUCAUCUUUAUUUGAAAGUCAAGUCGCUGGGUGGUUCCAAGCGUAUCACCCAGGACAGGCUAUGGGGCGAUGUCGCUCGGAGCUUUAAUCUACCAGCGUCAGUAACGAGUGCCUCUUAUGCUUGUAGACAAAACUUUAUUAAAUACCUUGAGCCAUACGAGAGAUAUGAAGCAGGGGAACAACCUUUCAUUCCUUUAGCUGACAUCGGUCCUCGCCGCCUUACCUUUCAACCCACCCUAUCACAACCCUCCCAGCCUUCACCCUCUCCCUCUAAUAAUUCCUUUCUAGUCUCUAAAUUCUCUCACUUAACGAGCGUCCCUGGGUUUGCUAAUUUGUUAAAGCAAGUCGAGAGGUCUCCUGAACUCAUAGGACAACUGGCAAACCUUCCUAGUCUAUUGCAGCUGCCGCCUAACCAGCUCCAACUUGUUCAACUCCUGCUCCAGCAAAUGGCAGCCAUACAUGCUACAAAAGGAAAAGGAGGAGAGAAGGGAGCUUUUAGGGGAUCAGGGAAGAACUGUGGCUGGUUGGUGAGGUCGUUGGAGUGCGGUCUACCCAAUGAAGUUGAUCUUUGUAUGAAUUGUUUGCUUAUAAUGUCGAGUGAGGAGGAGACCAAUGGACGGGAGGGCUUACUUGUUCAAGAUGUACCUCAUUUACUGCCAAUGCUACUGGCACAUGUGGGAGUGUUUAACUCAGAUGAGACAAGUUUGGAGUCAUUAUAUGUUGAGUGGUAUUCUCAGUCUGAAAUUGAUUUCUUAGCAUUUUGGCAAGAAGUAGUGCCAGAAUGGGUGUGUCUGACUGCACUGGCUAAUCAAUUUGAAGAUACAAGUAGAAUGAGUUUUUUCCCAGAAAGAGCUGUCUUAACACAUGAUGCUAUUGAAAGUUUUCGUGCUACACAAGUUUCGCUAAUUAUCAGGAACUUGUCACUCAGCAAACGGAAUGCUCAGUAUUUUGCUAAAUGCGACUCUACAUUGAGAUUUUUGCUAUUGUGCCUCAACUCAUCUUUACCAGAACUCAAGAAUCAAUCUCUUGAUGCACUGGCAGGCAUUGCUCCUUAUCUGGUGAUAGAAGGUGAUGAUGAUGACAGUAUUAGUCAUUUGCUAUUGAUGAGUGUUUAUUCUUGUGUAUUGUCUUAUGACAGGAACUCUAUAAUUCGAGGAAUGGAGAUAUUAGGUGGUUUCUCAUUGAGCGUCUGUAACAAGGCCACUCUAAUUAAUGCCCACAGCGACCUACUAAACCGCAUGCUGCAAUUAUCCCUCCUACCCGACUAUUUGCUGGCUCAAACGUGUCUGGAGACUCUCUACAAGCUCUCGCUGUGCGGUCGAAAACUGAGCGAGAGUAUUUUACACUGCGAUAGCUGUAUUAAGAUAUUAUUAAGUUUUUUAACCCUCUCAGUUGAAGACAGGUCUUUGCAUGGGCUUGUCGUCUUUCAUUCGAACGGGAAAGAAGAAUCGGCAGUUUUGACCAAUCAAGUUCCACCACAAGAAAGUCUCUCCGGAAUGAUCUCUGCGACAAAAAGUUUGUCCGGAGCCGGUCAAGUAACAGGAGGUCUUAGUGCCAGCUCCAAGGGCUUGACUGGUGCUAAGAUUAAAGGACCUGCUCUUCCUUUUACUCCUUCCUCUAUAUCUAAUGCAUCUGGUAAACAGCUUCCUACUGGUAGACAGCCAGUGGCUGCUAAAGUGGAUAAGCCGGCGGUUAGUAGUGAGUCACUGUUGGAGUCGAAACUGACUUUUGCUAUACAAUGGCUACAGUCUGAAUACAUUCCCAGUCAAGAGGAGUUCAUUCCAAAGUUGGACAUAUACAGCAAGUACCUUGGACACUGUGCACAAUUGAAGUAUACCACUGCUGCCACACAACCUGAAUUUGAUUUAAUAUUCAGGAAAGUGUUUCCCAGUGCUUUCUUUGCAUCAAUAAAGAUUGGAGGUAAAGAUCUUGAAUUGGUGGGUGGAAUAGGAGUCAAUAAGAAACAGAAUCUUUUCUCUUCACCUGCUAAGACUCCUACACCUCCUCCUCCUCCUAUUUCUCUCCCUUCUUCAGCCCCAUCACCUCUAACUGUGUCUAAUAAAUCAACUACCAUAACUACUGGUAGUGUUUCACUCCAGCAGUCUUCUCCAAUAGUAGCAUCACAAACUACAGCUUCAUUACCACAGUCUGUAGUAUCAGUAUCACAGAUCACUGCAUCAUUAUCACAGCCUGUAGUAUCAGUAUCACAAGCUAUGUCAUCAGUAUCACAAACUACAGUAUCAGUACCACAGCCUUUAUCAUCAUCAGUACCACAGUCUGUAGUAUCAGUAUCACAAACUAUGCCAUCAGUAUCACAAACUACAGCAUCAGUACCACAAAUCAUAGCCACAGUAUCACAAACCACAGCAUCAAUAUCACAAACCAUACAGUCAGUAUCACAGCCCAGUAACACUACAGUACAGUCUAGUGGCUCUAUAGGGCCACAGCAGUUGACCAGUGUACUCUCGCAGUCCAUGCCACUGGUGACCAGUGUACCCUCGCAGUCCAUACCACUGGCAACCAGUGUACCCUCACAGUCUGUGUCACUGGUGACCAGUGUACCCUCGCAGUCCAUGCCACUGGUCACCAGUGUACCCUCGCAGUCUGUGCCACUGGCGACCAGUGUACCCUUGCAGUCCCAGCAAUCUUCUUCAUCACGUUCACCCUCUCCCUCCCUCUCUCCUCUCCAGCAGUUAAUUCAAGCUACAAAGACACACUCUACUGCUAAUUCUAAGACUACAGCUAAACCUUCUCCUCUCAUACAGUUCAAGAAAGUCUCGGCGGGCAAGGGAAGCAAAAAGAAGUCCCCCAAAGUAAACGGCUCUCCCACUUUCAACUCAAUCACUUAUCCUCAUGCACUGGUCAAUAAUGUAAAUAACUCAAUGAGGAUUCCUUUGUCACUAGCAGCAGUACAGGAUAUCACCAGUAAUGAAGGUGGACUAGAGUCAGGAGGGACCAUUGGGAAGGCUAGCAAUACCGAUAGCAUAUUGUGUACUAAUGACACAGUGAUGGAAGUAACUGGAUUUGGUUCACAUACUUUGAAUGGUCUUAGCAGUACCAAUGGAGUCAUGAGAUCAAUUGGAAAGAGAGAGAGAUCAGUUGAUGCACAUGCAACUGGUACUAAUCCUACAAAAAAGCAAAAGACUGAUCUAACCGAGAGCAACAAGCUACAUGUAACACAAUUCCUUUCUUCACAUUUUCUUAAAGAGUCAUCCAAUUCUUCUAAUGGCAGUCUAACUACUUACAGUUCUCCUCAAAGGUCAAAUCAAAGGUCAGUGAGUCCUGCUGCUACCAGUGAUAAAGGAUCAUCUACUCCUUCUCAUCGAAAUCGCUCCUCCUCUCCCUCUUUCACUCCUAAACCUGUUCCAGUAACCAGUUUGGUUUCCAAUGACUCUUUAAGAUCAGCGGAACAUUCUCCUGGCCCUUCCUCCUCCUCCUUGUCGACUCCUCCCCCUCCUGAUUGUUUAAAGUCUACUUGUCUCUGGGAGAACUGCUUCUUGAGAUAUUCCUCCUAUUCAGAGCUCUUCUCUCACAUUUAUUACACUCACAUACCACAAAUCAACUCUUUCCCUGUCCCUUGCCCCUGGUCUGGCUGCUCUAACAAGAGUAAGAGAAUGAAGCCUUCCCUUAUAAGACACAUACAGACUCAUCACUGCUCGUCUGAUUCUAAACCAGUUCCUCUCAAUGUUGCUGACACACUCAUCAAACUGAAGCUUGUGUCUCCUUUACAAAAUGAGCAUGAGUCUUGUUUCACGCGCUGCUUAAGACUCACUGCUGCCCUCAUACUAAGAAACCUUCUUGAUAAAGUCCCUGAAUCACGGAGAUAUGUUAAACCAUACGAGAGGUUACUGUCUCAGGUCUCUUUCUCUGAUAAUGAAGCUAGUCAUGUCACAGCCCACUGUCUCUUCUUGCUCUCUUCUCCCCUUCCUCCUCUCUCUACCCCUACCUCUCCAACUUUCAGUUAACUCUUGUAUUUGUUAACCUUAUCAUCCCUCUCUCUCUCUCUUUGAGUUUCUUUCUUUUACUACAGAUGUUUAUUUAUUCGAAAGUUAAAGGAAAAAUUAUAA